AACAGCCAUGACCAGAACCCUCCUAAUAAAUGCAGAGAAUGCAGCUGCUCCUGUCUCUCGCCAUCUCUGUCCUGCUGCUUUGCCGUGCAAGCGAUGGCGGCCGCGUCCUGGUGUUUCCGGGUGAAUACAGCCACUGGUUGAACAUGAAAAGCAUCAUGGAGGAGCUGGUGAGGAGGAACCACUCUGUCACUGUUUUGGUCCCUGCUGCGUCACCUUCCAUCAACUACAACAGCAGCCGUGAAGCAGCCAAGUUCAGCUUCCUGGUGUUUGAGGUCCCGUUCAGCAGAGUCCAAUUUCAUGGCAUCUUUCAGGAGUUUAUCCACUUCUCCAUGUACGAGUCGCAUCUCCUGUCUCCGCUGCAGAGGUUCUGGUGGACCUGUGAUUGGAUGCAGCGAAUGGCUGACUUCUGGAGACUACAAUGUGACUCGAUGCUAAAGAACGAGCGGCUAAUGAGGACUUUGCGUGAUACCAAGUUUGAUGUGGUGCUGCUUGACCCAAUGGUGGUUUGUGGCGACCUAGUGGCUGACGUGCUUGGCCUUCCGUUCAUCCUCUCGCUGCGCUUCUCCUUCGGUAAUGUCCUGGAGAGACACUGUGGCCACGCCUCUGCACCGCCCUCCUACGUCCCCGCGGUCCCGCUGCCGUACAGCGACCGCAUGACCUUCAUGGAGAGACUGAUCAACUCGGUAAUGUACGUUGGCACGUCACUGGUGAGCGAGGUGGUCUGGAAACUGACACUAGAUCGCUACUACAGCGAGAUCAAAGGAAGUCCUAGUGGUGUCUGCGAGAGUUUGGGAAAGGCCAAAAUAUGGCUCAUUAGGACGUUCUGGGACCUGGAGACGCCACGACCAAUUCCGCCCAACUUCCAGUACGUAGGGGGGCUGCAUUGCAAACCGGCCGCCAAACUACCUGAGGAGCUUGAGGCAUUUGUGCAGAGUUCAGGGGAAGCUGGUGUGGUGGUGGUCACCUUCGGCUCCAUGGUAACCAAUCUUACGACAGAGCGAGCCAAUGUCAUCGCUGCAGCCUUAGGACGGAUCCCACAAAAGGUGAUCUGGAAGUACAGCGGAGAAGCUCCUGCAACUGUAGCAGCAAACACAAAACUAAGUGACUGGAUUCCUCAGAACGACCUGCUGGGUCACCCUAAGACUAGAGCCUUUGUGACUCAUGGCGGCACCAACGGUUUGUACGAGGCAGUGUACCACGGCGUGCCUCUGGUGGGCAUCCCACUGUUCGGCGAUCAGUCCGACAACCUCUCCCGUCUGAGCCGCCGCGGCGCCGCCAUUGUCCUUGACUUCAACCACUUGACAGUUGAUGAGCUGACGGAGGCUCUACAAGCCAUAAGCAACCAACCGACCUACAGAUCCAGGAUGCAGCAUCUGUCGGCUCUGCACCACGACCGUCCCGAGUCGCCACUGAGCACCGCACUCUUCUGGGUGGAGUUUGUGAUGCGAAAUGGCAAAGCAGAUCACCUGCGGCUGGCAUCACGUGACCUUAACUGGUUCCAGUAUCACAGUCUGGACACUGUGUCCGUCCUAGUGGCUGUUUUAAUGGCCGGCAGCGCCAUCUGCUGGAGCGUCAUUCACCAUUUGCUGCAAAUCUGCCAACAACCAGGAAGACGUGGGAAAACCGACUGAAGCUUUAAUGGCCAUAAUAAAGGGUCAAUUUGCUAAAUUGACAUAUCAGCAGGGUCAUGAUCUCCCGUGUCUACAUGAGUUUUCUACCAGUCAGGGUAAUAGAGGAGCUGCAGAUGUGAGGAAAACUUAUGCUGAUGUAUGCUUUGUUUA